AUGGUCGGCAACUCCAUUCCAGGAGAGAAAGUAGAUGUCGUUAUCGUAGGAGCCGGCUUCUCCGGGCUCCAAGCAGCAUACGAUGUUCAUCAAGCCGGCUACAGUUGUGUUGUGCUGGAGGCGAAGUCUCGCAUCGGCGGACGAAGCUAUACCGCUUCUCUGAAAACAGAACCUGGAUUGAUCGAAUUGGGGGCGACAUGGAUCAACGAACAAACACAGCCCAGGGUGUUUGAGCUUGCGAAGAGGUUCGGCCUGGACUUUGUGGAGCAAAAUGGUCAGACGAGGUCUGUGAUUCAAGACUUCGAUGGACAAGUGUGGAGUGAGAGAGGAGAGUUGAUUCCCCAGGUAUUACUACCAUUCCUGGAGUUGAUGGAGAAGCUUCAAUCAACGAUCGAUGUGAGCAACCCAGGUUCCGGCAGUACACCAGAGCAGGACAUGACCGUAGACGAAUGGCUGCAACAAAACACCACGCAGUGGAAUCGUGAGUUCAUCAGUAACGGAUGCGCUGCACUUGUUGGGCAAGAUGCGAAAGAUCUUGGACUGCAUUACGUGAUGGACUAUAUGAAGUCUGGCGGCGGCCUGAACCAUCUUGCUGGUGAAGGGCCAGAUACUGCUCAGCAUCUCAAGAUCAAGCAAGGCACCACGGCAAUCGCCCAGGGUCUGGCAGAUGCCCUGCCGAAGAGAUCCGUCUUGACCGAUACUCCAGUGGCCAGCAUCACUCAGCUUACAUCUGGCGAUGUGCUCGUGACUACGAAGAACGGUCCCGCCUUCGAGUCUCGCAAAAUCAUCCUGGCCAUUCCAACGAACACCUACACCAACAUCUCAUUCGCCCCUCCCCUCCCGCCGGCAAAGCGAACAAUCGUCUCAAGCACCAAGGCCGGCAUCUACGCCAAAGCCAUCAUUACCUAUCGCCGACCAUGGUGGCGUGACCACGGCCUCAUCGGCACUUUCAUCAGCAUGCGCGGACCGAUCAACUACUCUUGGGAACUCGCCAACGAGGAGUUACAGCAGUAUAGCAUCGCGGCGUUCAUAGCCGGACAAAGCUCAUCUUGGUGGCAUGCCCUCCCCACACUUAAACAGGAAGAGGCUUUGUUGAAGAAUCUGGUCGAGAUGGUUCCUCAAGCUGAUCCGAACGAAGUUUGGGCUCCGUUCGAGAUCAACAUCCAAGAUUGGACAAAGGAGGAGUAUAUUGGCGGUGGACCGACAUCUUCGAUGGGCCCUGGAGACUAUGCGAGGUACAGUCAGGCUUUGAGAGAGCCGUACGGGAAUUUGUAUUUUACUGGUGGUGAGCUGGCGUUCGAGUGGAAGGGCUACCUUGAAGGAGCUGUGAGGUCUGGCUCGAGGGCUGCAGCGGAGGUUGUUGAGGCUUUGAAGAAGGGUUGA